AUGGUAGAAGAUUAUCAAACAACUAACAAUGUAGUGGAAUCAUACUUGACUAAUAUAUUGUUGAAGGACUUGAAUGAACUCUUAAACCUGCACGGUAAAAAAAUUGAAGAUUAUGAUCUCCCAUCUUUACCCCCUAAUACAAUAGAUGGAGAUGCAAUUUCAAGUCUCAUACAAGAGGAGUUAGCGGUCGAUAUCCCCAAUGAAGAUAUUGAAUUUGUUGCUAAGUUAAAUAAUGAUCAAAUGAUUACAUUCAAAACUAUUAUGAAUGUAAUUGUUCAAAAACACAGUGGGGUAUUUUUUGUUGAUGGUCCAGGAGGAACAGGUAAAACAUUCCUUUAUCAAAGAUUAAUGGCAAGUUUAAGAAGUAGAGGAGAAAUUGUCUUAGCAACUGCAUCAUCUGGUAUAACUGCAACAUUGUUGCCCAGUGGUAGGACUGCACACUCUCGAUUUAAGAUACCUAUUGAUAUACAACCGAGUUCCAUUUAUGGUAUUCAAAAGCAAAAAGAUCUUGCAAAUCUCAUUAGAGUUGUUGCCGCAAUAAUUUGGGAUGAAGCACCAAUGACAAACAAAAAUUGUUUGGAAGCCUUAGAUCUAUCAUUACAAGACAUUUGUAGCAAUAGUGCUCCAUUUGGUGGAAAAGUUCUGAUCAUGGGGGGAGAUUUUUGUCAAGUUCUUCCUGUUGCAAGAAAAGAGUUUGCAGAAUUUCUUAUUCGCAUUGGUGAUGGUGUUGAACCUACCAAAGCAGAUGAUAUAGUGAGGUUACCUUCACAGAUUACAAUCCCAUGGGACAGUGAACAUUCCAUACAAAUAGAAGACUUUGAAGAUAAAUGGAACACAUGGAAGGAUGAACAAACAAUUUCAUCCAUCGGCAAACUCGACAAUAAGGUGUAUUUACCUUUUGGGCAAUACGUGUAA